GAUGAGCGGUGAACUAAAUUUAACGACAAUUGGUUGCUUACCGGAUAAUUUGCAACGAUCUAUUGUGGGAUUUUCUAUAAAACCUGGUAGGAAAUUCGUUACUUUCUGUUAUUCGAAGAUGUUGGAGAACUUAAGAAGAUCUAUUGAAGAAGAUGAAGCCUUAUGCACUACCACAGUCGAAUACGGGGAUUACCGGGCCAUAAUCACUUGGUCAUGGCCUUGUAAUUUGGUUCUAUUCACUCUUUAUGAAAAAGAUGGAUAUUUAAUUCAUUUUCAUAAAUUAAUUGAAUUGAUCGAUACAGAAGAUACGCUGAAAGUUAUUCUUGAUAUUAACGCUAAAAUUCAAAUAUCGUCUGAUGAUAGUCUUACAAGACGCUUUCGCUUUUAUACAUUUCAUCAAUAUUUCUAUAUAACUUCUGAAAGAAUUUACUCUUCCCUUAAUAGUGAGAGUGAUAAAGUGGUUUUUGGGAGAAUAUUAGGUAGCCUAAGGAAUUCUAUGUACUCAAAUUCAGAUUUAUUUUGGCUGCAAUUCUGGAUUUCAAGAAUAGCCGACUCUGCUAAAGAUGAUAUUGGAAAAUUUUGGCUAUUCUGGACCGAUUGGAGAACGAUUUCAGGCUUUGUUGGUGCCAUCGAUGCAAAAUCGAAAGCGAAAGUUGGGGAACUAGUACGAUCGAUUAGACCCUGCUUAGAGAAUGCAUCUUUCGAAAAGCGUCUAGUUAAGGUUGAAGAGCGCCGUAGGCCGAAAAAAAGACGCUCAUCUUGUUUACUUUCUGAUUAA